GGGCGCUGCGUUGGUUUCAAGGUUGUCAUCGAUAUGUGUGAUUACCGCGACUUCUUUGAGUCGGCGAAAAACUCCGGCCAGGGGCACAUCUUCGCAUUUUGGAAUGAAUUGGAUGAAAAAGAACGGGGAAUACUUUUGCGAAGCGCGCGUGACAUUAACUUCGGAAGAGUUGCCGAGUUAACUAAGGCGCGAGGAAAGGUGGCGGUCAAUUUUGAGAAUCGCUUGCUUCCUCCAGAUGAAAAAAUAUGCGGCUGCUUAUCAUAUCUGCGAUCAACCGAUCCGCUUGUUUUGGACAAAUACCAUAUGAACGCCCUACAAGCUGUACAUGAGGGCAAGGUUGCCAUUCUUUUGUUGGCUGGUGGUCAGGGCACGCGAUUAGGGUCGCCUUUACCGAAAGGGUUGUUCUGUCCAAACCUACCAUCUGGUCGUUCUCUCUAUCAGAUCCAGGCGGAACACAUUCUCCGUGUUGUUCGACUCGCCCGCGCUAAAUUUGGUUCAACGGCCUCCAUUCCAUGGUAUAUAAUGACCUCAGAACACACCGAGGAAACGACUAGGGCAUUCUUCAAAUCUCACAACUACUUCGGUCAUGAUCCAAAGAACAUCAUUCUAUUCGAACAGUUCACACUUCCCGCUAUUGGAUUUGAUGGGAAAAUCCUGAUGGACCAGAAGUACAAACCGGCUAUGGCACCCGAUGGCAAUGGUGGGUUGUACAACGCGCUCCGCGAACGCCACAUACUGGACGAUAUGGCCGCUCGCGGCGUAGAAUAUGUUCAGAUUUACUGCGUGGACAAUAUCUUGGUCAAACUGCCCGAUACAUACUUUAUUGGGUUUUGUAUGGAUAAAUCAGCCGAAUGUGCCGCUCAGGUAGUACAGAAACGUAAUCCUACGGAACCGAUCGGAGUCGUAGGCAUGGUGGAUGGACGAUAUAGGGUAUUAGAAUACAGCGAAAUAUCACCCGAAACGGCUGCACUACGUCGUUCUGACAAUGGCCACGGAGAUACUCUCCAUAGCGUAGACUGCGCAGACGAUGCGUCAAAUGGUGAUUCCGAACGCCUUGUGUACAGCCACGGGAAUAUUUGUGUUCAUUUUGUCACUCGCGAAUUUCUCACGCGCGUCUGCAAGCCUGAAAUGACGUCCCGAAUGGAAUAUCACGUUGCGAAAAAGAAAGUGCCCUAUGUGGACGUGAGCACGGGACAACGGAUCAUUCCUUCGGAACCAAAUGGGAUAAAAUUCGAACAGUUUGUGUUCGAUGUCUUCCCUUUUGCUGAGCGCUUCGCUAUCUGGGAAGUACCGCGGAAGGAAUACUUCUCUCCGUUGAAGAAUGGUCCAACGGCCACGGCGGAUUGUCCACGGACCUCGCGUACUGACUACUUGGCAUUUCAUGCUAAGUUGGCCCGCGACGCUGGUGCCAGCCUCUCCUCGGACCUCAGAAACGAAAAUGGUUACACCAACAGGAACCACUCCGAGGCGGUGAUUGAAAUUUCACCGCUGGUUAGCGGUAUUGGUGAAUGCCUAACCUGUCUCAGUGGAAGAGAACUGACUGGGGUUAACCUACUAGAAUGGGAUGACGCAACUGGUCAGCCGACUCUCAGGUCAGCGGUCACCAAUGAUUCAAUGGAAUAACAUUGAUUAUGGCUUUGAUAAUCCCAUUACUAGUGGCUGCAAUACUUUCCUUCCGUAUCACUACUACCAAUUGAUUUGCACACACGGUCGUUCUUGUUUGCUCAUGUUUGAAUCGUUUCACCACGAAUCGGUCGCGGGAUGAUUUGGUCGGUUCCUGUCACUGCCAUAACUUGGAGUCUUCAUUCCGUUAAUUUUCGUUCGUGAACGAAUCGGACUUUUUGAUUGACUUGCUAUCUAAUUUCGUUCUUGACUUCGUUCUGUACUACGCUUUUCCUCAUGGUUUAUUUCCUAGUGCCAGUUUUUUUUAUUUUCCUAUGUAUUUUUCUAUUCUGCGAUGAUCUAUUGAUUCGUUGGAGUGUUUUCCUAUUGGCCGUAGGGGUUAUUAAUUCCUAAUCCGGUUUUAAUCUGAUCGAUAUGGUCUGUGAGUUCUAAUAAAUCUUGAGCGUUU